GCCUGUCACUUCCGGAUGGAAAGCGGCGACCAAUAUCAGCCGACAGACUCCAAUGCGGGAAUUCAAUUGCAAACUGUGCAAUUGUGCAUCAAAAUAAAAAAGUUAAAUAGGCGCUUUUCUAUGGCCAUUGACAACAAACACAGUACGUCUAAGGAGUGAGGGGGUGACAGGCAGACGGAAGGAGAUCUGACAGAAGGCCACUACCUCCCAGGCUGCCGUUCCUGUCGGCAAACUAAAACAAGAAGAAGAAGGGAGAUUGAAAGAGGAACUCUGAGAGAUAGAGAACGAGAGAAAGAAACAGUUCUAGCACCUUCUUUUGCCUGUGGUCGAGUAGCACAACGCUCCCUACCACCCACCCCUACCACCAGCCCCCCCCCCCCCCCCCACACACACACACACACACACACACAGGAUGAAGCUGAAGGAAGACCUCAACCCGAUCCUCCUGCUGCUCUUCCAGCUGACGGUGUGGCUGUACUCUCUGCUCACCUUCCUCCCCUCCUUCCUGCUCAGCUCCGUCUCCGAUCAGGACAAGGGCUUCGGCUCGGAGCAGGAGCGGGCCCUGAGGCUGAAGGCCCAGUCUGGGUCCGGCGACCCCGCCGGGCCGUACCGGGACAUGAGGGCCACCAAGAGGCUGAUGUCGUCACUGCGCCCGGGGAUGGACACGCUGGACAAGGUGUUUGAGGAUGCGGCCAAGAGUUUCCCCAAAAGAGACCUUCUGGGCACCAGGGAGCUUGUUAAGGAAGAGGAUGAGAGCCAAGUCAACGGCAAGGUGUUCAAGAAGGUGGUCCUGGGGGAGUACCGCUGGCUGUCCUAUGAGCAGACCCACAGAGCAGCCUCCAGGUUUGGCUGUGGCCUGGCCGCGCUGGGACAGAGGCCCCACAACAACAUCGCAAUCUUCUGUGAGACCAGGGCGCAGUGGUUUAUCGCAGCCCAGGCUUGCUUCAUGAACAAUUUCCCCCUGGUCACCCUGUACUCCACUCUGGGUGGUCCGGCCAUUGCUCACGGGCUCAAUGAGACAGAGGUCACACACAUUAUCAUCAGCAGGGAGCUGCUGGAGACCCGACUGAAGGCCAUUCUGCUGGAGGUCCCCAGGCUCAGGCACAUCAUUGUCGUGGAUGACACGCCCACCAAGUGGCCUGGCUACCCACGAGGCAUCAGUGUUCACAAUAUGGCCGCCGUUCAGGAGCUGGGCACCGAGCCAGAGAAUGUGGCCCGAGGUCGGACACAGCCCCUCCCCUCGGACAUUGCCGUCAUCAUGUACACCAGUGGCUCCACAGGCAUGCCCAAGGGCGUCAUGAUCUCCCAUAGCAACAUCAUCGCCAGCAUCACAGGCAUGGCAGCGAGGAUACCCAACCUGGGCGAGGAGGACACCUAUAUUGGGUACCUUCCACUGGCCCACGUACUGGAGCUGAGCGCUGAGCUGGUGUGUGUGGCGCACGGCUGUCGUAUCGGUUACUCCUCCCCCCAGACUCUGGCGGACCAGUCGACCAAGAUCAAAAGAGGCACCAAAGGAGACACCAGCAUGUUACAGCCCACCCUCAUGGCCGCUGUUCCGGAGAUCAUGGAUCGUAUCUAUAAGAAUGUGAUGACCAAGGUGGAGGAGAUGAGCUGUCUCCAGCGGACCCUCUUCAUCCUGGCCUACAACUACAAGCUGGAGCAGCUGUCCAAAGGCUACAGCACGCCGCUGUGUGACAACCUGGUGUUCAGGAAGGUGCGUGCUCUGCUGGGGGGCCGCACGCGGGUGCUGCUUUCGGGCGGGGCGCCCCUCUCGGCCGCCACUCAGCGCUUCAUGAACGUGUGUUUCUGCUGCCCCGUGGGCCAGGGCUACGGGCUGACGGAGACCUGCGGCGCCGGGACCAUCAGCGAGAUGUGGGACUACAGCACUGGCAGAGUGGGAGGCCCGCUGGUGUGCUCUGAGAUCAGGCUGAAGGACUGGAUGGAAGGUGGGUACAGCAGCACGGACACGCCCCAUCCCCGAGGAGAGAUCCUGAUUGGCGGGCCCAACGUAACCAUGGGCUACUACAAAAACGAGGCGAAGAACCAGGAGGACUUCUUCGUGGACGGGGACGGUCAGCGGUGGUUCUGCACCGGGGACAUCGGAGAGUUCCAGCCCGACGGCUGCCUCAAGAUCAUCGACCGUAAGAAGGACCUGGUGAAGCUGCAGGCAGGAGAGUAUGUGUCACUGGGCAAGGUGGAAGCCAUGUUGAAGAACUGCUCUCUCAUCGAUAACAUCUGUGCGUACGCCAACAGCGACGAGACCUACGUGAUUGGCUUCGUGGUGCCCAAUCAGAAGCAGCUGCUGGCGCUGGCGGACCAGUACCGUAUCCGGGGCUCGUUCGAGGAGCUGUGUGAAAACCUGGCUAUGGAGGAGGUGGUCCUGACGGUCAUCACAGAGGCUGCCCUCGCAGCUCAGCUGGAGCGCUUCGAGAUACCGCGGAAGAUCUGUCUGAGCCCCGAGCCCUGGACCCCGGAGACGGGCCUGGUCACGGACGCCUUCAAGCUCAAACGCAAGGAGCUGAAGACGCACUACCUGAGCGACAUCGAGAGGAUGUACGGCGGGAAAUAGCGUGGCGAGAAAGAGUGUCUGUGUGUGUGUUUGUGUGUGUGUGUUUUACGUAGGUCCGUGUGUCCAUGUGUGUGACACCUGAGUCAAAUGUUUGUCCAAGCACAGAGCCAGCACCUGCCUCAAAGACCCCCCCCCCCCUCUCCAUCUGCAUAUCCCUGAAAAGACAACCCUGUUAAACCAUCAUUACUUGAAUCUGUUUUGUUCUCCUGAGACCAAAAAAAGAAAAUACAGAAUGAGCAGGAACUAUUUCAAUCAGGAGAGACCAGUGAAGGAAGAAGAUAUAAUUGAUUAUUCAACAAGCAAUAUGUGGUGAUUAGACUGGGUUUGGCGGUAAGACACUAUGGGGAGAUUUGGUAAUCGAGGGGCCUCUGCCCUGAGCAACAGCAAGAUGAACCCCCCCUUAGAGUCCAGACACUGGUGGUGAUGGCUGAUGACUCUGCUGAAUGGAAGGUGGAGCUGGUGAGUCCUUGAAGACUGGUGGCGUUGGGGAGGUGGAGGGGCGCGCACAACAGCACUUGAACGGACCGAAGGCAGAGAGAGAAACCUAUUUAACGAGACGGCAGCAAGACAAUUGGCCAGCAGUGAAGGUGUGUCGCUGUGCUAUUGGGUAGAUGUGACCAGCUGAUAUCCCAGUUGACAGUCUAGGCAUCGACAGCGAGGAAAACACAAGUGAGCGUUUGAGAGGUGUGAAUAGGAUAGUAUGAGAAAUAACGGGCCGAAACAUGUAGAGGUCUGAACUUUCGCUCGAGCUUCAUUACUGUACCAGAAAAAGGAGGCCGUUGUUGCAAUGUCGUAUCUGUUGAUACCUUACCUUUACCUAUCUAGAUAAUACUUUCUCUCCAAAUAAUAGUAAGUAGAUAUGUCUGUCUGAAAAGAGUUUGGAAAGAUACGGUUGAUUUAUCCCUGCCUGUCUUUGCCUAGCCCAUUUCACCGGAAACAUUUCAGAUAUGAGACAGGAUGCUGUGUUAGCCCUAAACGAAGCACAACAGGAAGUAGUUUGAUAGGAUACAACAUCGGUUUGCUUGUUUUGUUUUCCAUAUUUCUCCUGUAGUCGUUAUUUUCUCCUGUUACGGUUUCUUGAGUUGUUUUUUUCUUUUUUUUUUUAUAAUAGCUGUCCAGGGCUCUCAUUGGCUGAUUCUCUUGCCAUGU